AUGACGCUUUACUCCUGGACCUUCCUCGUGCUCGUGGCCGUCGCGGACGGCAGUGGCCAGUGGAUGUGGGGCGGCUGGAAUCCCUUCCUCCUGCUCGAGAGACUCGUCUUCGACAAUCCCAAUUCCGGCCUCGGCUCUCACAUCUCCAGUCGAAGCCAGAAGAGUUCCUUCAAUGAGUCCGGGGACUCGGCGAACGAAGAAGAGAAAGAGAGCGAGGGCGGGCUCCUGUCCACCCUCCUGGACUUGAGCACCCGCGCCUCAGGCUCCCGCUGCUACGGCGACCUAGGCUGCGUCCACAUCGACCCGUCAUGGUUCCACCUGAUCUACCGACCUGUGAACCUGUUCCCCAUCUCCAGGGAGGAGAUGCAGACGCAGUUUUUCCUCCUCGCGAGGGGGAGCCGGGAGCCGGCGAGGAGGAUGGCCGAGGCCCUGCUGGAAGCGGAGGAUUGCAACGUGGUGAGCGUGGAUUGGGGCCGGGGGUCCCUUCCGCCGUAUACGCAGGCGGCGGCGAACAUUCGACUCGUGGCGCUCGAGGCGAUCGGGUUGCUGAAGUGGCUGCACGUACGGACGAUUUAUGGGCUGGAGAUGAAGGACGUGCACUUGAUCGGGCAUAGUCUGGGGGCGCACGCGGCGGGAUACGUGGGGUCUGCGGUGGAGGGGAUCGCGAGGAUCACAGGCCUGGACCCGGCGGAGCCGUACUUCCAGGGAAUGCCGGAGUUCGUACGGCUGGACCCGAGCGACGCCGCCUUCGUCGACGCCAUCCACACCGACGGCAACUCCAUCUUCUUCCUCGGCUACGGCAUGAGCGACCCCUGCGCCCACCUCGACUUCUACCCCAACGGCGGCCGCAACCAGCCCGGCUGCGCCCUCUCCCAGGUCCCCCUCACCCUCCUCAAAGACGGCAUGGAAGAGGCCGGCCGGGACUUCGUCGCUUGCAGCCACCAGGGGGCCAUCAGGUACUUCACCGAGAGCAUCACCUCCAGUUGCCCUUUCCUUGCCUACAGCUGUCCGUCCUACGAACAGUUUCUUCAGGGUCGAUGCCUCGACUGCGGCGCCAACGGGGAGAAAUGCGCCUACCUGGGAUACCGGGCCACCGACUACCCCGCGGAUCUUCCCGUUCACCUCCCGCUCUACCUCACCACCAACGCCAGGGCUCCGUACUGCCGGUACCACUACUCCCUGGCGAUGCGGCUGGCGUCCCCGCGCCACGCGAAGGAGACGCUGAAGGGCCACCUGCAGGUGUCGCUCGAGGGGACGAGGGGCAUCCUUCCGCUGCAGAACCUCACGGCGCUUGGGUUCGUUGCUUGGGUUGCUCUGGCGGGUCGGUUGGGUGGCUGUGCCAAGCUUCCUCGGCAUGACGUCACGCUCUCUAAUCGGCACAGCGAGACGGCGACGUAUCGCCACGGAGGCGUCUACCGCUGGUUCUUCACCAGCCCGGUCGAUCUGGGCGAAGUGCAGCAGAUGGAAUUGCAUUGGAAAUACGACGAGAACCCUCGGGACCCUUCCACGUAUUGUUUCCUCAUCUGCGACAAGACUCUUUACCUCGAUUCCGUCUCUCUCACUCACUAUCGGAUGCCGGGGAACUCCAGCCGAAGUGACGGGGAUGAGGCGCUGAUGGAGCGGGACACGUUCUGCGAUGCGGGGCUUUGGUUCACGCCCGUCGGGUCCGGGUCCUGGGCCACGCUCCGCCCGAAUCCGGAAUGCCGGACCUCGAUGGGAGCCAUGAAGGAGAGAAACAAGCCUUUGAGGACCAUCCUUCGAAAGUUCAUCGAAAAUGUGGAAAAUUUGGAAAACUUGCUCAAGGAAGGACAAGAUCAGUAUGAUAAGGAAUUCCAGAACCUGAAGUUGGUGAGUGAAAGCCUGAAGAGUCUUUCUGAAUACUCAUGCAAAGAAGGGGAGAGAGAAGUGAACAGAAGAAAGAACAGAUACAAAGAUAUCCUUCCUUUUGACCACACUCGAGUCAUAUUAUCAGAAUUUCCUGGAGUUCCUGGAAGUGAUUAUAUCAAUGCCAACUACAUUCGAGGAGCAACAACCGGGGCUCCUGCAUAUAUUGCAGCUCAAGGUCCUUUGGCACACACGGUCCCUGACUUCUGGCGAAUGGUUGUGGAAUGUCAGGUUCAGGUCAUUGUCAUGGUCUGCAAUGAAAGAGAAUCUGGUCGGCAUAAAUGUGAAUGCUACUGGGUGGAAAAGGAAGGAGAAGAGAAGACUUGGGGGAAUGUGACUAUUUCUCUGGUGAAGCAGAGAAAAAUAUGCCCUGAUUUCCUUCUUCGCACACUUAAACUUGCAACCACAUCUGAAGAUGGGUCCUUGGAUGAAAGGACAGUUUGUCAGUUCCAUUACGUGGCCUGGCCAGAUCAUGGAGUCCCAGCUCAGGUUAGACCCCUGCUAGACCUGGUGCUUUUGGUGAGAGAUUGUCAGGCUGCAGAAACCAGGCCUGUACUUGUUCAUUGUUCUGCUGGAUGCGGUCGAACUGGUACCCUCUGUGCCAUUGACUAUGUCUGGGGGCUCCUAAGAAGUGGAAGGAUCCAUGAGAGUUUCAAUCUCUUUGACAUCAUUGCUGAGAUGCGGAAGCAGCGCAUCGCCAUGGUGCAGACCAAGGAUCAGUACAUCCUUGUGCAUCGAGCUGUAAGGGAACUGUUUCUGGAACAGUUAAAGAUGAUAGAUUCUCAUCCAUAUGAAAAUGUGGAUAUGAAUGGGGAACCUCUUGGAGAAAAUGGAGGAGCAGAAACUGAAGAGGAUAUGGAGCCUCUUUGUCGACAGGGCACUCCUCCCCAUGCCUAUGAAACCAUAUUUCCACAAGCUUCUUCUGAUGACAGACUAGAAACAGGAUUAUUGGACUCAUCCCCACCCCUUGUGAAGAAACCAACAGUCUCAUUCCCCGAACGGUGCCGAAGCCCAAGCCCCAUGCGUCAGCCAUCAACUCCGAGGGAUGCAUUUUGUCAACCCCGUUCAUCAUCCCAGGAUCCCUCUGCAUCGAAGAACACCGAAGCAAAGAGGAAGAGGAUUGAACAGCUAAAGGCAUUUUUUGAGCAAGGAGGGGGGGAAGGAGAAGGGGCAACCCCAAAAGUGCGCUUGUCUCGCAGUGCCAGUAGUGUCAUGGUUCGUCACCUGGCCACUCCUCCACAACAGCAGUUUUCAACUGCAAGGAAGCCUCCAAAGACUCAAAGCUGGGGCUUUCGAGUGGCAAAUCUCCGCCCUGAACCAACACCUCCACAGAGAAGGAGGAAACCACCACUCCAGCCUGUCCUAUCUCAGCCAAAGCCUGAAACUAAGAAGAUGGAUGUGGAGGAAGAUAGCAUCAGACAGGAAAAGGAAGUGGCAUCCCCUGCAACUUCCAGGAAUCUGAUUUCAUUGAGUAAGAGUCCAUCACAAGCAGAAAGUGCCUUGAAGCCUCGAGAAUCAAGAAGACCCUCUGUGCCUGUCAAGAGGAGUAAAUCAGUGAAACUGCCAGCUGCAACUGGAGCAUCACGCAUCCCUGCUGCCAUCAAAACACCUGAUUACUUGGCUCUGGAAUCUGUGAGCAGAGUACCUCGAUAUCAGGACUUUGCUCAAGCACCAAAAAAAUUCUUUGGGAGUGCAAGAAGUGAGGAAGAGGCCACAAGAAAGCCCCCAGUGGUUCAGAACUUCUGCAUUGGAGGACCUCCUGAUCAAGGAACACGAAUCACUACAUUUUCUGAGAUCCGGAAAGGGAGUGGGAUGGCAGACACACCAAUCUAUGAGAAUCUCAAGGUUGUAUUUCCAGAACACCAGGAAACUGAAUCUGAAGUAAUGGAGAAGUGUUCGUCCCCAGGUCGACCCAUAGCAGAAGAAGAGGGGGUGAAUAUGAGUGAUGACUCCAAGAUUGAAUCUCUCUUACGUCGGAGUGCCAGUGAAAGCAGUGCACAAGAUGGGGACUCAGAACACGAAGAUGGGGAAGAACAAAUGCUGGAUGAAAGAACUAUGGGGAUAGUGCGAGACUGUGAGGCAUACUUGGGAGCUGGCCCCUUGUCCUCAUACACCAAUGUCACUCCUGAAGCAAAAUCAAAUAUAGAGCGAAUUGAGGGAAUUCUAGAGAAGCAUCCUCGAGGUGCCAUUUAUGAUGCUCUGUCUGCACGACGUCAGAGUUUUGUCCAGGCAGUUCGCCCAGGUGAACCAGAAGCAAGGAAGGACUAUGAACCCAUCUGGCCUCAGAGAUCAAGUCCUCCCAUGGCACCGGUACCUCCUCCAUCAGAAGAAACUUGGCAUGCAGACUCCACACUCCCACCACGACCAACUAAAGAUCCUCUUUUCAACAGAAAAUUAGAUGAAUUGAAGAAUCUCCUUCAAGAGUUUGCAUCGAUCUCAUUAGGAAAGCCCAAGCUCGGGCCCCUGGAUGUGCGGGUUUCAACAACAAAAGGAGGCACGCUGUUCUCCAGUCCUGAUUCACCCUCUCCCAAGCCAACAAUUAAUGCUGACAAUCCUCGACCAAGCGCAACUCGGAACAAAGAAUACGAGUUUGUUUUUGUACAAACAGAUCCAUUUGUUGGAAAGGGGAAAGAUCCUCCAGUCAUCCUCAGGAAAGCACCCCAUGACAAAGACUUGAGUGAACCUGGACCAGAACGAAAGUCACCUUCCCCACCUCCUCCUCCAUCACAGGCUCCAACUUCAAACUUCUAUGUUUCUCCUCCAAAUUACAUUUUUGGUGAUAUUCUGAAAGGAGUGAGUAGUGGAAGCAAAGAUCAGGAGCCUUCGCCAAGUCGACCGGCUGCACCUCCAAGAGUGGCAUAUGUCGACAAGGAGGGUAAACCCUGUCCCCCUCCUUACUCUGAAGUCCAGAAAAUGAGGAGAAAUCAGCCACCAUUUGUGGCAAGACGGGAGAAUCUGGAAUCUCGGAAGAAGUUGAGUCCAACUGCACCACCCCGACUAAAGAGACAUCCUGGUUCUUUCACUUCUCUGAACAGCUCCACUGGGACUCAUCCUUUUCCGGUGGAGCCUGAAGAGUUGAGGACUCCCCCAAAAAUCUCAUUAAAGUCAUCUGCAAACAUGCAAGGAUCUCCAUCUCCAGCAUCUCUUCAAAACCAACCAGUCCUUACGUCAUCUCCAUCUCCUUCUUAUGUUCAGUCAUUCACUCCACCUCCUCCUCCCAUGUUUGCAGUGAGGGAUGUGAGAAUGGGAUCUUCAUCCCAUUCCCCUUCCUUCCCUCAGGGUCAUGUGGGAGCUGGAAUGCCCAUCUCAACCAUCACUCUUCCCCCUUCAUCCACCUUCAACACAAGUUCUCUUACACCAUCAUGUUCGUUUUCUGGGGUUCAGUUACCAGAUGACAAAGGGGAUCUAUCAGCCUUGACAUCUCCUGGUGUAUUGAGUAAAGCUCUCACAAAACUAAACUCCCUUCGCACAAAGUUUGGCUCCAACCUUGAUGGUGGUGCUUCCUCUGAGCCAAGGUCUCUCUCCCCUGUUGGAUAUGCUGGUGCUCCAGUGAAUCCUACAAGAAGACCCAGUCUCCUCAAGCGACAAGAAUAUCUCUGAUCCUCAAACCCUUUCCUACUCUUCCAUCAUGUUGAUUCCCCCUUCCUGUCAGUACCUUUAUGUUCAGAGGUUCCUUUCUGAAGAGCUUCCUCUAGAAUUCAGUAUCCAAGCCUCAGUAUUUGUAUGCCCGCCGAGAGAGUAGUUCGUACUCAAGUUCCUGCUGUGAUGCCCCUGAACAAACUUUCCUUCUUUGCAAUACUCUACCCAUAACCCAUCAGUCUCAAUAGUUGAUAUUGUAUGUGUUCUUGCCCAUUGCACAAUCCCACAUUGUGCCUGUGAUCUGAGGAUACUGGUGCAGUUCCAUGGUGGCAUUCUGUUUCAUCUCUUAUGGUGCUCUCUAGGAAAUCAGAAUAAUAGACUUUUUCGUGGUCUU